UGUAAUUUCAUCAUAUUAUUAUAAAAUAUAUAUUUUAAAAUAUGUUUAUUUUAAUUUUCCUGCUAUGAAUGAAAUUAUAGAAUAUGGCAACGUGGCUUAUAACAUUGUUUAUUUGGUACACGAACGAGACAUAAACCAAAUAUACUGAGUGUUCAAUAAUUGUGAUGGAAGACUCUGCUUACUCUAUGGUAUUAAUGUAAAAAACGUUCUAAAUUAUGAAUCCAGAAUUCGGCGGAGACAUAUUGGAACAAUACAAAAAUACUACAAAUAAAGUAAAAAAGAGGUUUUUGAGAAAACCAAACAUAACAGAAGCAUGUGACUCUUUCACUUCAUUGGCUCAGCAAUGUGAAUCUCUGGAAUUGCCAGUGUAUGCAGGAUUGUGUUGGAUUGCAGCUGCACGAUGUGAAGGUUCCUUGACUAAUUUAACUGGUGAAACAUCUUGCCUUGUCAAAUCAGCUAGGCAAUUUUUGAAAGCAGAAGAAAAUGACUUUUGCUUGGGUUGCCACAGUCCAUCGACUGAGAAUUUACAGGCUGGUUUAAACUGCUACACACAUGCAACCAGUAGAUAUGGAGAACAUUCUCCUAUUCCAAUUGGUUUGAAUCUCGAAAUUGUUGACUUUUUAAAAAGAAUUGGCAGGGAGGAAUACAUUGAGAAUUAUUUGAAUAGUGCUGUGGAAAUGUCAAAAAACAGACCUGAUACCAAAGCACAUUGUUUGGAACUUCUUGCUAAAAGUUUUAUUGAUAAUGGGGAUUAUGUUGGUGCUUUGGAAGUAUAUAUGGAGAUAUCUAAUUUACUUGAGCUACUGCCUAAAAAUGGCUCUAGAUCUGAGUUGCUUUUAAAAUGUGAAGUUAACUCAGUAUUUUUACUAUUAAUAUUACGUCCGUCACCUCAAAGAUUGUCUGUUAAAUGUGCCAAACUCCUCGAAAAAUAUACAUGGGGCGAUCAUUCUGAUAAAAGUAUUAAGUUUUGCAGGAUGACUGAGAAAAUGUUUCUUUUAAUGCAGUCUCUGGUAACUAUAUGUCAGUCUCUGGAUACAAGCCAUUUAGUGGAAUUGGAAGGCGAAUUUUGGCCUUUUUUGGAAACUGAUGAAAAAGAAUUACUGAGAAUUCUAAUUAGGACUUAUUAUCCUUAAAAUUAUAUAUUGUAAAUUUGUUUGUAUGUUUAUUAUGUCUAAUAUGUUACUAUAAUUAAUAUUAGUUACAUUGAAAUUGAAUAAACGUUAAAAAGGUAAAUAA